AUGCACUCCUCCACAAAUCAGCUGAUCUCGAACGACGUCGUGCAAACGAUCAUCGUCCACGCGAAGACAUCUCUCUGUGGCAUUUCAUCGAGCACCUUGACGGACAAACCAGUGCUCUCCAAAUCAAAGAAAACUCUAACAAGCAGAGCUGCAGGCUUUGAGCAGGGACAAAACUGUUUCACUGUCAUUGGGAACGGGAUAACAAACCAUGGAGUGGAGAGUUGUCUUGACAAAGUGAGGACGGUGUUCAAGCAAUUCGUCUCGCUGCCAGAAGAAGAGAAGCUAAAAUGGAAGAGGGAAGUUGAUGGGUUUGAAGGGUAUGGGACUGACCCUGUCCCUGGAGAUUUGCUUGUUCGCGAUUGGUCUGCCAGAUUGAGCCUCACUAUUCGUCCCGAGGAGUUCAGACAGUUGAAGUAUUGGCCUGAGAAUCCAGCCGAGUUCAGGGAAGUUGUGGAUGAAUACAGCAGCAAGUUGGUAACAAUCUAUGAAGUCAUCCUGAAGGCACUGGCCAGGUCACUCAACCUGAAAGAAACCACCUUCCUGCACAAGAUGGGAGAGCCAUGGAUAAUGAAUGGAAGAUUCAACUUCUACCCUCCAUGCCCGAGGCCAGAUCUCGUCUUCGGCCUCAAGCCACACUCCGAUUCAACCGUGCUCACAGUUCUCCUGCAGGACAAAGAACUGGGAGGCCUGCAGAUUGAGAAGGACGGCCAGUGGUUCAGAGUUCCCAUCGUUCCAGGCGCCCUUGUCAUCAAUGUUGGGGAGCAGCUAGAGAUACUGAGCAAUGGGGUGUUCAAGAGCUUGUACCACAGGGCAAUGGUGGAUUCAGAAGGGGAGAGAAUCUCCCUGGCUAUGCUUUCUCUUUCAAACCCGGAAGUGAUAGUGGAACCGAUUGAAGAGCUUGUGAAUGAAGAAAGGCCACCAAUGUACAGGAAGGUGAAAUAUGAAGAAACUACCCAUUUCCUGUACUACCAGAGUGGGAGGAGAGUCAUUGAUGAUGCCAGAAUUUGA